UGAUUUCGAGCUCACUGGUCGCUCUUCUUAGAUCUUUCCAUUCUCACCGGCACCGGCACUCACGAUGGCGACUCAGGCUGCAGCUGCCGCCUCAUUCAAUGGCAACUUAAAGAAAGCUAUGGCAGGUAUCAAGCGUAUCAAUCUCGACGGUCUUCGUUGGCGAGUUUUUGAUGCCAGAGGCCAGGUUCUUGGUAGACUAGCUUCCCAGAUUUCAACCGUGCUUCAAGCCAAAGAUAAGCCUACUUACUGUCCUAACCGCGACGAUGGUGACAUCUGUAUUGUUCUCAAUGCUAAGGAAAUUGCCUUCACUGGUAGAAAGCUCACCGACAAAUUCUACCGUUGGCAUACAGGGUACAUUGGACACCUCAAGGAACGAAGUCUGAAAGAACAGAUGGAGAAAGAUCCCACAGAGGUCAUACGCAAGGCUGUCCGGCGCAUGCUUCCAAGUAACAAUCUGCGUGAUGACAGGGAUCGGAAGCUGAGGAUAUUUGAAGGUGGUGAGCAUCCAUUUGGGGACAAGCCACUUGAGCCAUUUGUGAUGCCACCUCGUAGAGUUAGAGAGAUGCGACCGCGCGCUAGGCGAGCAAUGAUCCGUGCCCAGAAGAAGGCAGAGCAGGCAGAAAAUGGUGGGACAGAUGUUAAGAAAGGAAAGAAGAGGACCCCCGCUCAAGCAACUGCGUAGAAGGAUUACUUCAGAGGAAAGAAGAAGGCGUAGAAGGAUUACUUCAGAGGAAAGAAGAAGGCGUAGAAGGAUUACUUCAGAGUCAUGUGACUCGUUUUAUUAUCUGUAAGCAACGUUCAUAAUGCAGGCGUGGAUAAGCUUUUUUUAAGGCUUUCUUGUUUAUCGAGUACCAGACAAUAGACAUGGACCUGUUUCUGAAUCUCAGACACUGUAUAACACAUGAAGCGAAAAACCAUCUACCUUAAACAUAGAUCUGCUUCUGGUUUUC